CAGUCUUGUUUCUUCAGCCGUGUCGUGUGCGUCGUGUCUUGUGUGUUUCUUUGAACAGUUUUUUUUUAAAUUGAAAAUUCUUAACAAAUUGUAAAAUAUUUGCUCUACAAAGUAAGCUGUGCAGAGUUUUUCGUAUUAUAUUUCUGUGUCUCAACGUUUGGAAGUGAUUGUGCGCUGCGUAUUAGUCGCCAUGCCUCGCAACGAUUCUACUAAGAUGUCGGCCAACUACAACAACACCGGUGGCGGUGGCAGCAGCAAUGCCGACCGCAUUCAACCGGGACGGAUUAUGCUGCUGCUGCGGGAUGCACUGGUCGACGACGAACUGGUGUACCAGAUCGCCCUCCAGGCUGGCGACGUGAAGGCUGUCCACCGGCCGCAGGCCAACCGGCAGCUGGUGUUUGUCCAAUACGAAGAUCCGAGUGUCGCCGAGCAUGCCAUUGCAAUGAUGAGAAAGCUUCCCAUCUUCAAGGGCGUAGACCCGGCGAUUAAAUCGGAAAAAUUUGUCGCAGAUAAAGGCAACACCAACAAUAGCAGCUUCAACGACGAUCAGCAGCAAAGAGGUUCCAACAUGAACAACCAGUUCAACAAAAGUGGCGGCAAUCGUCAGCAAAAAGGAGGAAACAAUGCUAAUUAUAGAAACAACAAUAAUAAUAAUAAGAACAAUAACAACAGUAUGAAUGGCGGUGGUGGAUUCGGAACCGGCCUCAACAACUACCGCCAGCAGCAAGGUGGCAGGAAUGAUGACUACGGAGAUGUGAAUCUCAUGACUAUGGAUUUCGAAUCGCCAACAAUGGCACAAACUCGUUCUUCGCAAGAGACGUACCAACCGAAGUUCAGUCUGGGCUGCUGGUAUUGUACAAAAAUGCCUAGCUACGAAUGUCGCUGUGGUGCUUUCUAUUGUGAUUUCGAUUGCCAGCGAGCUGAUUGGCCUGUCCAUAAGGAUUAUUGUCUGCCUCGUUUGGUUCCAAUUUCCUACUCCAACAAACGCAUCCUUCAGGAGGCGUCGUCUUCUAUGCAUUCGUCUAACGGCGGUUCUUAUUCUUCUUUCUCUCCAUUUUCUGGAGACUCGCAACCUCAGCAGCAGCAAAAUCAACAGCAGAAACAGCAUAAGCAACAGCAAUCUAAUCAGCAAUCUAAUCAGCAAUCCAAUCAGAACAAUCGUCGGGGUCAGACCAACGCAAAGGGCAAUCAAGCCACCACACCCAAUCAGUCCAACGCUAAUCAAAAUCAGAAAAAGGACAGCCCGCGGGCGUCAGUCGUACCGCAGUCCCCAGCGGAUAAUCAACGAACGACACCGAAGAGUUCGCCCGAAGAAAAUGACUCCGAUAAGGUGAGUCGUAUGGGCAACAAACUGCAGCGGCUCAAGAUCGCCAAACUAGGUUCCGGGGCCGUGACUAGAGGCGUACUGCAAGCCGGUCCGUUCCCCCGUGAAGGUGCAACGGUCAAGAUUACUGCUUCGUUGGCCUCCGGUGUGAUCUACAUCUACCACAACAACGGCAAAGAUGGCCAACAGAGUGACUACUAUCUGCUCACAAAUCGUAUGUACAAAGCCGCGGGCGAAGCCAACUCGCUGAAGGAGGCCCCCGUUGUUGACGAUGUCAUCUUUGCACCGUACAUUGAUGGAUUCUUCCGGGCCAAGGUUCUGUCGGUAAGCGGCGACAAACUGCAGGUGUUCUUCGUUGACUUUGGCAACACGGAAACGGUCGAGUGGAAGCAGUCGAGAGAGAUUGCGGAUGAGGAUUUGAAGUGGGCUAAGUAUUUAACCUAUCCGGCGAAGUUGGAAGGCGUGGAGACGUUCAGUGUGCAGAUGCUGAAAUUCUUGGAAUCACUGGAACAUAAUGAGGACUUUGAAAUGGUCAAAGCGGAUUCGAUGAAGGAUUCAGAGAUAAAGAUGGUGGUAUUGAAGAAACUGAAGCAAUCGUUGACUCUAAACAUGGAGUUGAUGGAGCUGAAAGAGCGUGAAAUUCGAGAGAGGAAUGAACGCGAACGAGUGGAAAAAGAAUCGAAGAACAAGAAGGAACAACCCGUCCCUACUGGGAAGGUUAACGUUCAAAUAGCUGAUCCCAGCAAUUAUCAACCUGUAUUAUUCGAUGAAACAAUGGACGCCAAACAGCUACCACUUGGCGUCACGAAGAAGUUGAUUAUAAUUGAUGCCAGCGAGGUGAAGGAGACGCGGAUAAUUUCGGUGGUGGCAGCCGACAAUGUGGAAAAAUACGCAGAAGUGUUGGAACAUUGCGGUCUGGCCGGUGCGAAAGACUCCAACGUGUACAAGCCGACCCAGGAGGGUGAGGUUUGCCUGGUGUUGCACCAGGAGGAUUGGUCUCGCGCGUUGUUUGACAUCUCCGACGGCAGUUUCAUGCUGCUAGAUGUGGGAAUCAUUGCGCCCGUCCCGCCGUCCAAUGUUCGAAGAUACCCGCCACAGUUGAGCCAUGUGGUGUACAACAAUGAGGUGUUGGUGGAAAAUCUUCCCAAGCUACUGGUCAUGAUGGAGGAUGGCAAACCGGAAACCCUGAACGGAAAACUGAUCGAUGCCAAGAUUGCUGCCGUUGAUGACGGUAUCGGCAUUACCAUCGUGGAAGCCUGAACCGGUUCUUGAAGUCUUCGCCGUGCUGGGGCCGCAUCUUCCCGAGAGUGGAUCGAGGUGAAAUAUCUCUUAAACUAGAUAUAGGCAUAUUGGCGGGGCACCGCCACAUUCUAGACCAUCAUUGUGCGUCUUUUGAACUCAAAAUAUUUUUAGAUUUUUCUUUUUUCAAGUCUGAUUUUUUUCCAUAGAAUUAUCUAUUGAGGGCAACUAUUUUUAUCGUUUGUGUACACGUUUUGCAUAAGAGUUUCUAUUGUUUGCAUAUUUACAAAGCUACGGUGCUUUCUAGGCGAAUCCAUAUUUACAACACAGCAAAGUAUCGUAAUCAUUCUUAAGUAAACAUAUUUUUGCAUCGAUUCUCUUUCUAAAAAAACAAGAUAAUUGUUGUCGUUCUCGUUCUCGAAUUUAUCUAGGUUUAUAUUGUCCUAUGCAACGACAUCUGGGAAAAUUAAUUGUGAAAAUCAAAGUUGAGCUUUUAGGAAGCCGUUUUAGGAAAUGUGUGGUUGAUAGACCUUUUAAGUUCUUAGAACCAACCGUAUUUGUUCUCAAAUGUGAUACGUACCUACAACAUUUAAAUUAUAUAAAGAAAUGCUCCGCAUUAUAAAUAUUAUCUUUUGCAAUUGUAUGAUGGUACAUCUAUUCGC